GCCGAGGAAACACAGGGUGCAAGCCUGUUUGAGGGUCAGAAAACAGGCGGAGAAAAGAGAAAGAGAAAACGAAACAUGGAUCCCAGUGAUGUUGAUGGAUAUACCGGACCGUGGGCACGUUUUGAGGACGAGGUGGAAGUAUCUCGGCCGGAUCCCGAAUUAGCGAAGGAACUCGAAGAGAUCGUGAAAAAACGCCAGAAGAAUAGUCGAGCUGGCCGCAAAGCGGCGGCACAACUGCAGGAUGUCAUCGCGGACGAAUCUUCAACGCUACACCUGAAAGAAGCGGAAGAUUACAUGGGGCGAUCGUUCAUGCACGCGCCGCAGUAUAUUGGCGUGAACUUACGUGAAGAUCACGUGCCGGAGCGUUGUUUUAUACCGAAGAAACACAUGCACUCUUAUCGUGGACACAAUAAGGGCAUAAACUGUUUACGGUGGUUCCCAAGAAGCGCGCAUUUGUUCCUCAGUGCUGCGAUGGAUAACAAGAUCAAAUUAUGGGAAGUUUAUGGGAAGCGAAAUGUGGUGAGGACUUAUGCCGGUCAUAAAAUGUCCGUUAAAGAUGUUUGCUUCAACAAUGAUGGCACGGAAUUCUUGUCGGCAUCUUUCGACAGAUACAUAAAGUUAUGGGAUACCGAAACAGGACAAGUCAAGCAGCGUUUUCACACAGGGCACAUACCCUUCUGCGUCAAAUUCAAUCCUGACGAAGACAAGCAGAAUAUGUUUCUUUCCGGGAUGCAGAAUAAGAAGAUUUUACAGUGGGAUACGCGCUCCGGUGAGAUUGUUCAGGAAUAUGACCGCCAUUUGGGUAUUGUCAAUUCAAUCACCUUCUUUGACAAAAAUCGGCGGUUCUGCUCAACUUCUGAUGACAAAUCUAUACGAAUCUGGGAAUGGUUAGUAUUUUACAAAAAUGCUAUAAAGUGCUCUUAUUAG